CAGAGUUACUUAGAUCACUGAGCUAAAAAAAGACACUUGAGGUGCAUAUGGCAAGAGUUAAAGUCAAAAGCACAAAAAGGUUUUAUUUAGUUGGAAUUAAUGGCAGUCAAAGACAAUGAGUGUCAGCCAACUUAUUACCAAUGUCUGACACUCAUUGUUGAAAGUUGAAAGGAUCCAACCAUGAAGGAUUGUUUCAAACUGAAGGAGGCAUAGUUGAAAUAUCUGUGCAUCUCCUCCUGUGCUCAUAUUUGAUCAUUUAAAUAAGAGGAAAUAUCUCAUUGGUUUCGGUGUGCAAACCCUUUUGGUGAUUUGGACAUUAUCAUGUGAUACGCAGACAAAAUCUUGCUUCAACUAACUAUUGUUAUUAUUUAUAUUUUUUUUUUUUAUUCAUUGAUUGAAGAGAACAAGGUGAUAUAUCACCAACAGCCCAAAACCAAACGAUAUUUAGCUUAUAACCAUAUUAAUUUAACUAUUAUUUUUCUAUUAACAAAUCCUGACGUUUAAGAAUCUAGCCCUAGCUUGAAAAAAAAAUGGAAUAGAUGAAUCGAUUAUCAAAGUAGCUACUUAUUAAUUUUCUUUCGGUCAACUAACAAAAGCAUUUGAAGUUGUAAAAUCCGGACUUUCCCACAGCUCUUAAACGCAGCCUUAAGUCUUUGACAGCCAAUGGCAGGGGGCGGGUCCUGUGACGUCAGAGGGUGGAAGAAAACAGCAGAGCAGGAAUCAAAACAAGAGACGGACACGCCUUCGCUCUUAAAGGUUAUAGCAGCUAAUUCGUUAAAACUGCUGCUGUCAGAGCUGCACAAAAACCUCCCGGUCGUCCACGAGGAGACUUACAACAACACAAAGAGAAAAACACUGCAGAAACACCAGAGCCCACUGCAGAAAUGGAGUCCACAGAAAUGUCAGACAGCGUUGACAGCAGCCGCUGAUAGAGGUCGAAAAUAACCCUGACAUCCGAAUCCUGUAAAAUGCCCAACCAGAAGAACAACAAGGGAAAGAAAAGCAAACGCACUAACAGUAGCGGAGAUGAGCAGGAAAAUGGAGCCUGUGCGGCCGCAACAGGAGGCGCGGCCGCGGCGGCUGCACCCAGAAACGAGCGCUCAAGUGAGGUCCAGUGCGCAACCCCUCUCGGCUGCAGCCUCGGCCGGGCCAUCGACCUGGAGAAGGACGACUACCAGCGGGUGCUCUGCAACAACGAGCUCUGCCCUUACGGCAACUGGAUGCAUCUGCAGUGUUUCUACGAGUGGGAGAGCUCCAUCCUCGUCCAGUUCAACUGCAUCGGCCGUGCGCGGUCCUGGAACGAGAAGCAGUGCCGGCAGAACAUGUGGACCAAGAAGGGCUACGACCUGGCCUUCAGGUUCUGCUCCUGCCGCUGCGGCCAGGGUCACCUGAAGAAAGACACCGACUGGUAUCAGGUGAAACGCAUGCAGGAUGAGCGCAAGAAGAAGCCGUCGGAGAGGAGUGCGGGCAGGACUGGGGCCAGUGGAGGGGCGGUAGGGUCUGGGGACGGGCCUUUUGAGGAGCCUAAGAAAAGUAAGGUGCCUGCAGGAGCAGGAGGAGGAGCAGGAGGAGGAGCAGGAGCAGGAGCAGGAGCAGGAGGUAAACUGUCCCACAGAGCCUCGAGUCAGGAGUUACCUCGUAGACAAUCAGUGGACCGACAGAACUCUACAGAGAGAGGGGCAGCGGCAGCAGGGGGACAUGCUGCAGGAGGACCCUUUCCUCUGGGGCCUCCUCUGAAAUCUCCCUGCGACUCCCCAGGACAAUCUCCUCCAACCGGCUUCUCCUUCUCCCCCACUGCUGCUCUCGGAUCAGGAGGCGGAGGAGCAGGUCUGCGGGGUUCCCGUCAGCUGGGAGAGUUCCUCAAAUCAGCCGUCCACAUGGACCCGCAGAGGAAACACCUUCUGGUCGGGGGAGCCCUCAGCAGGGGCGGGGGCUGCUCGUUGGGAGCCUCCGGCGGCGGAGCCGGCGGUCCUCACCUCGACCCCGGGUCUGUUAUCCCCCUGCCUCUGUCCCUCGCCCUUCCGCUCCACCACCGCCUCACUUCCGGCAGUGUGGGUGACGGCACCCACCCUCACCCGGUGCAGUUCCUGAGGAGGCUGGACCUCUCGGAGCUCCUCACCCACAUCCCUCGACAUAAACUCAACACCUACCACGUCCGUAUGGAGGAUGAUGCCCAGGCAGGCCAGGGGGAGGAGCUACGCAGGUUUAUCCUGUCAGCCCUCAGUGCGAGCCAGAGAAACGUGGUCAACUGCGCGCUGUGCCACCGGGCGCUGCCUGUGUUUGAACAGUUUCCUUUGGUGGACGGGACUCUGUUUCUCAGCCCCUCGCGCCACGACGAGAUUGAGUACGACGUCCCCUGUCACCUUCAAGGCAGGUUAAUGCACCUGUACGCCAUCUGUGUGGACUGUCUAGAAGGCGUCCACAAGAUCGUCUGCAUCAAGUGCAAGUCACGCUGGGACGGGAGCUGGCAUCAACUGGGCACCAUGUACACCUACGACAUACUGGCUGCUUCACCGUGUUGCCAGGCUCGUCUCAACUGUAAGCACUGCGGGAAGCCGGUGGUGGACGUCCGAGUCGGGAUGCAGUAUUUCUCCGAGUACAGCAACGUCCAGCAGUGCCCUCACUGCGGCAACCUGGACUAUCACUUUGUUAAACCCUUCUCUUCCUACAAAGUACUCGAGGCUUAUUGACAAAUGUUGUUCAUGCAUGCUAGUGAAGCUGCUUCUGUUGUCAUUGUUUUUUUCUAACACAAUCUAGGAGAGAUUUUAUUUUUUUGGGCCUUAAGGUGGUUUUAUGUUUUUAAGUUCUCUCUUUUCCUUGAUUUCUUUUUUAUGUAUAGGAAAAGUAUGAUUCUAGUUUUAAAGAAUAAAUGAAUAAAAAGUUUCCAGACAGUAUCUCUGCUGUUAGAGAGAAAAGGUGUUGACAAAGUGUGGAGCUGACACUUGAGUCGAUCUAUCUGUGACAAGUGAAUGUAUCUGUACGCCAAAUUUGCUUUUAUUUUUUAUUUUUUACCAAAAACAUAAAUACGAAUCUUGAAUAAAGCAGAGAAUGGUG